AUGCGCCGGACAAAGCCCGAUGCGGACGCUUUGCCAUCCGUAGAAAACGUCACGCGGACCCUCACCCCGGUCCUCUGGCUCAGUCGAUUUAGCGGCCUGACCGUUUUCGAGAUGCCGGCCGGCACACCUUGGCCGAAAUUCAGCGCUGCGUAUGCCCUCUUUCUAUGCUCGGCCUACGGAACAAUGAUCUGGUUCGGCGAAACUUUCAUCGUCAAGGAAACGACUUCCGUACCCCUCGUGAUAUUCAUAUACGCGCUUGUCAAGUAUGUCAACGCUUUCCUCGCCGCAGUGUCCUUCGCUGUAGGGCUGCUGCAUUACAAGAAAACGAUGAAGUUCACAAAGAGGCUCAAGCACGUUGACGAGACGUUGAAGGUCUUUGGAAUCGAGCCGGAAUACGCAGCUUCGCGAAAGGAGAACAUCCGCAUCGUGCUGAUAUGGAUAGUUGCGACGGUUUUUCAGAUUAUCGGGGACGCCGCCAUAUGCUUCGUUAUUUACGAUCCUGCCUACAUUGCUAUACUCAAGUUUUUCAUUUUUCAUAUCCCCUUCCAAAGUAUGUCCUUGUUGGAGCUGACCUUCGCUAUGAAAAUCUCCACUGUGAGGUCGAGGUUCGAAAAAUUGAAUGCCCUGUUUCAAAAUGUGCUCGAGAAUCCAGUACUGCCGAUGCACUUCAAGCAUGUGAACAAGUAUCACAACAUUUUGCGGAGACAGCACAGCGAAGAAGGUGACCGAAACAGAAAGAAUCUGGAGUUACUUCUGAUGACUUCGAGACAACUGCACCUGGAGUUAUGUGCAAUAACUCGAGAGAUUAAUGAAGUUUACGGAAAGCAGUUGGCGAUGUCGAUAGCAGCGAAAUUCAUUUAUGUAACCGGAUAUGGCUACGUCUUCUAUCUCUAUUACAACGAGCCGAGCAUUUCCUUAUCCAUUAAAAUUUUGAACUGCACGUAUAUCGCUUACAAUUUAACGUUUAUCACUGUAAUGAUGAUAUACUUCAUAGGACAAUCGGUCGCUGCACAAAAAACUACUCAAAUAGCUCACGAAAUGCCGGUAACGCAGUCGCAAACUAAAAUAAUUGAUGAGAUCCAUCAAUUCUCUCUGCAAGUAACGCAGCAUCCGUUGGAGAUUACGGCUGCCAGUUUAUUCACGUUGAAUUUUGCCUUCAUGCGAGGGUUCAUCGGCUCGAUGACGACUUAUUUAAUCAUUUUGAUUCAGUAUCAACCAAACAUAGCGGCAGCAGCGAAGUCGAUGAUCGACGAGAUUAUGGCUAAUAUGCAAAACGUUAGCGCCUUUUAUCAUUUUGCAAAUUUUUCGACGGAUUGA